UUGAUAAACAAAAUUAGUUUAUGAGCAAACUAAAUUACACGCUACACAAUGAGUGAGAGCAACGCCAGUCCAUUUGACAUGGACAGCUCCAGCUUCGAUGCAGAAAAGUAUCUGGAGAGGCUCCUGAAGGACUGUUCCCUGAGACAAAUCAUGGACACGGAGGCGGCUGUUGUGAAGGACACCCAGACCCUGCACUCGGACAUGCAGACGCUGGUGUAUGAGAACUACAACAAGUUCAUCUCAGCCACUGACACGAUACGGAAAAUGAAGGAUGACUUCAAGCAGAUGGAGUCAGACGUGAACCUUCUAAUGACAAAGAUGCAGUCAAUCACCACGUUCAGCGAACAGAUCACGGGCACGCUGCAGGGCACACGCUCCCAGCUGUGCCGACUCUCCGAGAAGCACUCUCUGCUGAAGCGUCUCCAGUUCCUGUCCACACUGCCAGGCAAGCUCAAGGGCCUGAUCGAGGAGCAGAACUACGCCCAGGCGGUGCAGGACUACCUCCACGCCCAGAAGGUGUUUGCCCAAUACGGCAGACAGCCCUCCUUUGAUGGUAUUCAAAAGGACUGCGAUGCUAUUAUGGCUGACCUGAAAGAGACGCUGCGCCAGGACUUUCAGCGGGCCGGUAACACGGCCCAGUCGUUGACGGAGAUCGGAGAGCUGCUCCUGCAACUGGACGAGAAAACCUCGGACCUGGCCAGCGAGAUGCUCACCUGUGCCGGCAAGCGCCUACACGAACUGAUAGUUAUGCUGCAGGACCAAACGGAGCGGGAUAUGCUGGAGUUCGUGGACAUGGGUAUCGACGGCUUCCUUAACGACCUGGCCCUGGUGGUGACGUCCUACUUUGAUAUGUUUGUGGCUAAGCACUACGAGCAAGAGCGCGACGACUUCCAGGAAAAUGCUUUGCUCGAGUUGAAUAUCUUCCUCAACCAAAACAUCGACAAGUAUCUGACACUAGUUCAGGAUCGCGUAGAGUCGGAUAUUGGCUAUGGCGACACCCAGGUCAUGCUUCGGGCCUUGGACCGCCUACAUCGACGUCUCCAGGCCAUGCGCAACAUCUGCAGAGGACUGGAGGUACAGCGCAAUACGGUUGACAUCAUAAUUGGUGCCGCCCACCAGCUGUGUGACGCCCACGCCAAGAACCUGAAGGAUCACUUCGCGGAUAGCCUAAGCGCUGUGCGUCUUUCUCUAGUGUCGGCAAAGAGUGAUGCGGCCACCGGCCUGAACCUGUCGGAUCUCAUCAGCAACCUGUACGUGGCCAUGGUGGAGAAGAUCAAGGGUGUGCUCCAGGACUUGCUUAUCUUUCUGCGCACCGAUUGGUCCUUCAACAUCAAGGCCGAGCACAAGGGCGCCCUGUGUGUGGAGGGCAUUCGGGAAAACCUUCUCAUUGGCUUCCUGCGCCACAUCUCCAAGGUGAUGUGCGGCUUCGGUGAUGCUUCCAGCUCCAGUCCGCCGAAUCUACUCCUAGUACUGUCCAAAACCUGCCUAGAACUGGAGCUGCAAGGCGUCCACAUACUGAUUGCACUGGUAGAUGACCUCUACGAAAUCGACUCGGAGAAUAGUGCUACGCUCACCCACGAGACUGAAAUCUGUGCGGAGAUGCGGGAGACGGCCCAUGCCCUACUUGACGCGUACGUUCGCCUCCAAGGGGCAAACAUCUCCCAGAUGCUACGCAAGAGCGUCGAAACCCGUGACUGGCUCAACUGCCUCGAACCGCGUUCCGUGCGGGCGGUUAUGAAGCGAGUGGUGGAGGAGCUAGGCAGCAUCGAGACGGUGGUGGCCAGUCUGUACGAGGGGACGGGGAACCCAACAGGCUUUCGCACCACGGCCAGCAGCGACUCCAGCCGCAAGACCUACUUCAGCAACUUCACGGCCUCGAAGCCGCAGUAUCGCUCCAAUUGGUCCAACUACACGCCCUCGCAGCUCGAGUCCAGCUAUGUGUCCAACAUACACCGCCUGUUCUCGGAGCGAGUAGACAUCUUCACAUCGGUGGAAUUCACCAAGGCUUCCAUUGUGAUGGGCAUCAUUAAGAUUGGCCUUAAAACGCUGCUGGAAUGCGUACGACUGAGGACCUUCAGCAAGUAUGGACUGCAGCAGAUCCAAGUGGAUGCCCACUACCUGCAGAUGAACCUCUGGCGCUUUGUCAGCGAUGAGAACCUGGUCAACUUUUUGCUGGACGAACUUCUGGGCUCGGCCGUCCAACGCUGCCUGGAAUCGGUGCUGAUGGAGCCCAAUGCUGUGGAAAUCAUUUGCGAGCGCGGUUAGUACCAGUAUUAGCCAAUUA